UAAUGUUCAAGAACUAGUUUAAUAACACUUGUCAAUUUCUUUCCCAUUCUGUUUCUUUUCAUGAUUUACGAAAUCUUGAACAGUCUAGUCUAGAUAAUAGCAGGAUAUUCAAAUGACUGAAAAUUACGGUGUGGGAGAAAUUAAUUUGAAUCUAGGGGAGCUAGAUUUGACUUCAGAAGACUUCUGGCUGGAUGAAGUUGAUGAACAUAUUCAAAAGAACUUGGAAGAUGAGGUGGUUCAGGAUGCUCUCAAAAAGGGUACAGAUUUAAGGACUUAUGCCAAAGAGGUUGAAAGAGAACUACUGGAUGUAGAAAAUGCCUCAAUACAAGAUUAUAUCAAAGAAAGUGGAAACAUUGCCAGUUUACACAAACAGAUAGCAGCAUGUGAUACAAUAUUGGAGAGGAUGGAGGAAAUGCUGAAUGGUUUCCAGGGAGAUCUUAGUAGUAUCAGCAGUGAGAUCCAGACCCUACAAGAGCAGUCCGUCAGCAUGAACAUCAAGCUAAAAAACAGACAGGCAGUUAGGGGAGAAUUGAGUCAGUUUGUGGAUGAAAUGGUGAUACCUGAACACAUGAUCAAUCAUAUACUAGAUACCCCCGUCACAGAGAGGGAAUUCCUAGAACAACUGCAUGAACUUAAUCACAAAAUCAACUUUGUCAAAGAACAGUCCUUCAAAGAUGCCAGAUCUUGUCAUGAUGUGAAAGAUAUACUGGAAAAGCUCAAAAUAAAGGCAAUAUCCAAAAUCAGAGAAUUUCUGAUGCAGAAAAUUUACUCCUUUAGGAAACCAAUGAGCAACUAUCAAGUACCUCAGAAUGCUAUGCUUAAAUUCAGAUUUUUCAAUGAGUUCUUAAUGGCAAAUGAAAGACAUGUUGCAAGAGAGAUUCGGGAUGAGUACCUAGACACGAUGUCCAAGAUAUACUACUCAUAUUUCAAAGGCUACCUUGGUCGUCUGAUGAAGUUACAGUUUGAAGAGGUGGCAGACAAGGAUGAUUUGAUGGGAGUGGAGGAUACCGCCAAAAAGAGUUUCUUUAGUUCUAAACCAGCCUUGAAGAACAGGUCUACAGUUUUUACUUUGGGUAAUCGAGGGGAAGUUUUGACAGCUAGACUAGAGGAGCCAAUCAUUGUUCCCCAUGCUCAGCAAAAGUCGGACACAAAGUUUAAUUUUGAGAGUUUAUUCCGGAGUUUACACUAUGCCCUAAUGGACAACUGCUGUAGAGAGUACCUGUUCCUAGUAGAUUUUUAUAUGGCCUCUGGUACAGCCUCUCAAGAUUUGUUUAAUGCCAUCAUGUCCAAAACACUACAGACCUACCUUAAAACAAUGGAGGAACAUGUAUCUGAGUGUUAUGACUCUAUUGCCAUUUUCCUAUCCAUUCACAUUGUACACAGAUUUAGGAACAUCAUGCACAAGAGAGCUGUACCCGCUCUUGACAGGUACUGGGACACCCUCCUUGGAAUCAUGUGGCCAAGGUUUGAAACAAUUUUACACCUCAACAUACAAAGCGUACGAGAUGUGGAUCCUCAGAAGUUUGGACAUAUUGACAACAGGCCACAUUAUAUCACCAGGAGAUAUGCAGAGUUUUCAGCAGCCAUUGUGGGAAUCAACCAGUCCUUCCCCGACGACCGAGUCCAUCAUUUACUGGAACAGCUUCAGACCGAGGUUGAAAACUUCAUCCUCAAGAUGGCUGCCGAGUUUCCUCUAAGAAAAGAGCAGCUGAUAUUUCUCAUCAACAACUACGACAUGAUGUUAGGCGUACUACUGCACGCAUCUGCUACUAAGUUUAGACAGGAGAGAACGGCAGAAGAGUCAAAGGAAUCGGAGAGUUUCAAGGAACUUCUGACAGCACGGACCCAAGAAUUCAUUGAGGAGGUAUUGUCCCCUCACUUCGGAGGCAUGAUUUCCUUUGUUAAGGACUGUGAAAACACCAUAGAGAGGGCAGGGGUGGAGGCCCUGCGACCAGAUGAGAGAAGAGUACAAUCUAUUGUGCGGGGCUUUAACAAUGACUGGAAGCGAGCUCUGGAGCUUAUCAAUGGUGAUGUCAUGAGGGCAUUUACUAAUUUCAAGAAUGGCACACAGAUUUUACAGGGAGCCUUGACGCAACUGAUUCAAUAUUACCACAGAUUCCAAAAAGUUCUGGGACAGGGACCAUACAAAAAUAUGCAAAUAAGAAAUGAACUCAUUAAUAUUCAUCAUGUGAUGGUGGAAGUCAAAAAAUAUAAACCAACCUUUUAAGACCAUGACAGGAGAUAAAAACUAUAAAAUGCUGUUAAUAUUGAGAGCAAGAUUGAUUGCAUAUGUCAUACAUAUGUGGACAGAAAAAUUAUUUAUAAAACCAUUUCCUAGUGCAAUACUUUGACAGGAAGAAGCGUUGAUAUGUUUUAUUGUAUAUGAUGAAUAUGCAUGUAAAGAUGUGUAUUAAAAUACAAAUU